GUCAACUGGACGGCUAGAACCUGUGGCUAGAACUAGAAGUGUCAAACAAUAAUAAUUUAAUUUAUAUUUAUCAUAAAAAAUGCAUUGCGUAUUGAUUUUUUAAAUAAAUGCAUUUUUUGUUAUUAAAUGUUUAACGUUUCAGUAAUUCGAAUAAGAAACAGGAUGACGAGAUUGUGACUUAGUAGUUUUAAGGGGUUACGUUAUCAUUCAGUCUUGAGAUAUGAUGAGAGGCGAUACUGAGUGUUCAUAUAAUGCUCAAUUUCAACAAGUUUUUAUCAAGACCGAAUUUGAAUCGUCGCAAGGAUCAUCUAGUUCUUUAAUAUCAAUUGAAAGCACUAAACUACUAAAAGAUUCCUCAACACUCAUUAGACGCAAUGUCGAAGAAAGUGCUACUGAAUCAUUGUCAUGUGAGACGCCCAAGACUGAAAUCGCAGAAUUAAAAAGCGAACCAGCCGACGAGUUCAUCGAGGAAGAGACGCAAGAGGAAUUGUGCAGUGAAGAUCAAGAUGAUAUUGAAUACCAGAAACGAUUAAUAAUUGAAAAUGAAACAACUGUAUACAGAUGCCAAGAUUGCAAUGAAGUAUUCCAGAAAUUUCAUCAGUAUAAAUUCCAUAGAGCUCAGCACUCGAUUGAAAGAAGAACCUGUAAAAUUUGCCACUUAUUAUGCCAAGGAGUUACCAAGUUGAAUGAACACAUGUUUGUUCACACUGGCGAGAAACCUUUUAAAUGUGAUAAAUGCAAGAAAGGUUUUACAUCAGCGAAUACUUUAAAAUGUCACAUGGAAUGUCAUCGAUUGGAGUUUAACUUUAAAUGUGAAACAUGUGGGAAAACGUUCAAAACUAAACGAUCAUUGAGAGGCCACAUGGAUACCCAUGCUAAGAAAGUGAAAGAUUUUACUUGCAUGUUUUGCAAAGAAGAGUUUCAAGUGGCCUCGGAAUACCGACGGCAUAUUCUCCAACAUGGUGCCCAGCCACCAGAACCCAAAUGCAACAUUUGCCACAAGGUUUUUAAGUAUCAUACUCAACUUCGAACCCAUCUGUCUUCUCAUACGGAACUAAGAUUUCCAUGUCAGUACUGCAAUAAAAUAUUCUCCACGAUGACCAAAAUUAGGAAGCAUAUCAAUCGAAGUCAUGUGAUAAAUGAGUGCGAAUUCUGCAAGAAAGUGUAUUAUGAUAAGGCGGAAUUUACUAAGCAUAAAAAAACUGAACAUGUGGAAGAAAAACCGACAACUUGUGAGUUUUGCCAUAAAGUCUACGACAAACCGAAAAAUUUGCAAGAGCACAUUCGUGUUCAGCACACUAAAGACGGAAUGGAGAAUAAAUGCGAAACAUGCGAGAAAACGUUCAUCAACCGGUUCUUGCUGAACAACCAUAUCAAAACACAUUACAAAUGUUUCAAGUGUUCCAGUUGCAACAUGACAUUUGCAUCGAGAUAUAAUCUACAACUUCAUUCAGUAACUCAUACCAAUGAAAGAAAGUACAAGUGUUUGAUAUGCUCUAAAAGCUACUCGUCCAAAGUUAGUUUGCAAAAUCAUACCACUAGUCACUUUGAUGAGCGACCAUUUGGAUGCACUCAAUGUGGAAAGUACUUUAAAAAUAACAGGAGACUCUACGUCCAUAAAAUGUCCCACGAAACGAAACUGAAAUUUGAAUGUUUUACUUGCGGCAGAAAAUUCAAAACUAAGCAGUAUUUGAAGUCACAUUUAUACAAACACGACAAAGUUCAGCCCUUUAACUGUCCAAAUUGUACCAAGCGAUUUAAACACAAGAAAACCCUGGACAAACAUAUGUUAAAGCAGCAUCGCCUACGAAAAAGUGCUGGCAAAGUAUCAGAUUCUCAGAAUAAAAAUAAAGUCUUGGCAGACGUUGAAUCUGAAGACGAGGAUAUGGAAUCCACUGAUGAUUCGACAAGCGAAAACGGUGCAAAUAAAUCAAACAGCGAAAAUGGCUCAGAAGUGACUAAUACGGGAGAUUAUCAUUUGGAUUACCGAGACGAUAUUUUUGAGAACAACGCAGAGUUUUCCAAAUCCGACGAUCUGGACUUGUCUAACUUGGUAAAUGUAAAAGUCGAACUUUUAGAAGAUUGAAACGGUUUCUUAGAUAAGAAUUUCAAAUUUAUUGCAUGCAAUUUUAACCAAAGCUAUUUAUCCAUAUAACUUGAAAUUAUUGGAUUGGCAUAGAUUUAGGGUUACAUGCUAUUUGAUAUAUACAUAUAUUAGUGAUGUGUAAUUCAAUAGAAGGUAUUUGAAGUA